GGGUGCUGGGAGUGGGCUUGGAGUUCUCAGAGACGAAAGAGAAGCUGGGGAGAGAAGCGGUGGCGCUGCUGGGGACGGGAGCGGGGCCAGUGCCAACGGGGAUGUAAGGCAUGGUGCCGUUUCCGUAGGGAGCGGUGGGGUGAGGGGGCAUGCCAGAGGUCUUGUCGGCGGGGACAAGAGGAGUGCUGGCAGGGUAGCUGGGCUCGUUGGAGUCGGGGGUAG